CAGCGCCACCGAUGGUGGAGUGACGAACUUUUGGUAACUUGACUCAUUGAAGAAAAAUUUGUCGAAUACAGCUACGAAAAUUAAAAUAUGAAGAAUUAUGCUUGUUCUAUUGUAAUCAAUGGUCAUCAUGUUGACAUUGCCUUAAAAAUUUAUAGUAAUCGCAUAUUGUUAAUUGUAACACAUUUUAAGAAGUUUGGGUCAUUGGUAUCGGUAACUAGAGGACCUUUAAUACAUCAGUUAACUAAUAGUGUAUUUUCUACAAAAGUUUUAUUUGGAAAGGAUGAUAUCGAGGUUGUGGCAGCUGCUAGGUUCAUAGCAGAACAAAUUAAUGCAGAUAAACCAUUAUUAUUAUCGAUAUCUUUGAAAAGUUAUGAUCCAGAUACAAUUAAAGCUAUUGCUUCAACUGUAAAUGAAAUGAAAGUGUGGUAAUGUGUUGUAAAUUAAUUACAUCAUUAUGAGUCUCAUUUUUGGUCAAUUAGUCAUUGGUCCACCUGGGAGUGGGAAAACUACAUAUUGUCAUGCUAUGUCAAACUUUUUGGAGAAGCUAGGUAGAAAAGUUGCUGUAAUUAAUAUCGAUCCAGCAAAUGAAAACAUGCAAUACAAACCAGUAGUAGAUAUAUCUGAAUUAAUAAAACAUGAAGAUGUAAUGUCACACUAUGGUCUUGGACCAAAUGGAGCUUUAGUUUACUGUAUGGAAUUUUUAGAAACAAAUAUAAAAUGGCUAAUAACAAAAGUUUUAGAUUUAAAGGAAUACUACAUCAUUAUUGAUUGUCCAGGACAAGUUGAAUUAUAUACACAUCACAACUCAAUCAGUACAAUUGCUGAUAAAUUGGAACAAAAUUUAGUCAGGCUAUGCAGUGUACAUUUAAUAGAUUCUCACCAUUGUAGCGAUGCUGAUAAAUAUUUAUCUUCUUUAAUUCUUUGUACCACAACCAUGUUAAAACUAGGUUUACCUCACGUCAAUAUUAUGACAAAAUUUGAUGAGAUGAAAAAAUUUAGUGAUUGCUUAGAUUUUAAUGUAGAUUUUUAUACUGAAGUUCUGAAUUUAAAAUACUUAUUGGAUAAACUGGAUGAAAACCCUUUUACAUCAAAAUUCAAGAAAUUAAAUGCUGCUUUCGUAUCACUGAUAGAAGAUUACAGUCUUGUUAGUUUUAUACCAUUGGAUAUUUCUAAUCAAGCAUUGUUACUGCAAGUAAAAAAUUCAAUUGAUAAAGCUAAUGGUUAUAUCUUUGGUGGAAAUGAACCUCAAGAUGUUCAAACUUUACUUGCAUGUGCUAUUGGAGCAGAAAACGAAAAUGAAAGAAUGUCAAUGAUAGAUUCAUAUUUUGAAUAAAGAUUGAAUAAAUAAUGUAAAAAAGAAUCAAAGAGAUAAUUGUAUAUAUUCUUAUUUUAACAUGUGUGGUCACGCGGAAAUGAUUCGAAAAGGAAAACACAAAUUCCGAGAAAAAUGAGUUUAAGAUUAAGUAUAGUAAAAUAUUUAUUGAUCUAAUUUUAAAUUCAUUUUUUUCAAUAUCUGUUUUUUCCUAACGAUCCCUUUUCAAAUGACCACUCACAUAUUCAGAAUUUUUCAUUGAAAAUUUGUCAGAAUCUCAAAUUAAGGAAAGGAUUAAACAAAACUUUUAACUUCAGUGACUUUAGCUUCAAUGCAUGGCACAUUUAUAAACACUAAAAUUAACAGCUUUAUAACAGCACUACAUAUAAUUACCAGCUUUGAGGCUUCCGACUCAUCAAUUUAAGCUUCAUGUAAAUUACAAAGUAGUAUCAGACAUGUGAUCUCUGUUAGGUAUUAAAAUACUUAAAAUUUUUCAAAAAUAUAUCAAAGAUAAGUAUACUUAGGUAUAAGUGUACGAAAUGAUACAAUUAAUCAUAUUAUUUGAAUAAUUUAUUGAAAUUUUGAUCAGUUGUUUUGACUCACAAAUAUUUGUGCCAAAUCAUCAUAGUCAUAUGUCCUUUUCAAAAAUAUAUCCUCCAACUUUAAUCCUGAGAUAGUCUGAAAUAUUACAAAGUUUACCUAACAUAUUGAAAUAUUGAAUUAUAUAUAUCUUGCAUUGCUAAGAACAUUAUGUUUACUAUAUAAUAACUAUAAUACUCACUAUAAUACCACUAUGUAAUGCAAUUAGACAUAAAGGAAUAUCAAUUGACACACCAGGCUUUAGUGUUCCAAUUUUUGUAGUAGAUAUACCACACCAUGCAAUAGAGUUACUAGAUUCCAAACAAAGCAUCAAAUCCAUACUUCUUUCGCUAAAAAUAUAUGUAUAAUUAUAUAAUUUUUAAAAUUUGUACACAUUAUAAAAACACUUGUUAAAAUACAUUUGAAAUUCUUACGAUGUAUUCAUUAUACGACAAUUGAAUGUAAGUGAUUGUUCAAGGUAAACCUUUAAAGAAAUGUCUUUAAUAGUAACUCGCAGAUCACCAUAUUCAGGUGCCUAAAAAAUUAAGGUAUUAAUAGAACUACAUAAAACUUAAAUGUUUGCAAAAGAAAUAGUAAAUAAUAUGACAAACCAUCCUUUGUAACUGACUUGUUUGUAGCCUUCCUCUUUCUCCUAAAUUACUUCUCCAAACAAUAUCUAAUUUUCCAAUAUUUGUUGCAUUGUGCAUCAUUUUGGGAUCUUUUAACAAAGUUAAUUGUGGUUUUAAACAAUACAAGUACUGCCUACUGCAAUCAGUAUCUAAUACAUUAACUGAUCCAUAGAUAGAUUCUCCCUUCCCAUUUGUAUUUAGAGUUGACACUGAAAAUAUAAAAUGUAUGUAAUUUCACCUACUAAUAGUACACUGAAAACUUACCACUAAAUAAGUGAGAUGAUUCAAGAGAAACUUUUUCUAAACAUAUUGGACCUGCUGUGAGAUUCUGUAUUUGUGCUUCAAGAUAUACUUCAUCUGACUUUAAGGAAAUAAUGCUUUUUGUUAAUUUUUUAUAUGAAACAAUUAAAUAAGUAAAUAUUAUAAUUAACAAAAAUUAUUGUCAUACAAAAUUUAUAAUCAUAAGAAUGUUACCUCUGCGUUAUAAAACUUUGUUUUUACAUCUAAUGGUUUCACUACUUGAAGUUUAUAAAAUUUUUUAAAUGACUGUGGAGUAGCACCUAAAUUCAUAGGUGUGUAAGUUACUUCACAUACUAGUCUGAAAUAUAUUUCUAUUGGUUAUUUA